AUGGUUUUCUCAGCAAUGUUGACACUGACCCACUCUGGGACCUCAAAUGCUACUUUUAUUGUUUAUGAAAAUGCCUAUACGAAUUUUACCACUCCCCAGUUCUUGCUUCGUAGUGGCACAACACAGCCAUUGAGAUACAGUUCAGGUGCCGUGCUCACCACUGAGAGAAGUACUUUUCUGGUAAACACUACAGCUAUCCUGCCAUCGCAAGAAGUUUUCAGGAGCUUGAGUUUGCCACUCCAGAUCAUUCUUUCUGCUGCUAUGAUAUUUAUCCUAUUGGUUUCUUUCCUCGGAAACUUUGUUGUCUGCCUCAUGGUCUACCAGAAGGCAGCUAUGCGAUCUGCAAUUAACAUCCUCUUAGCAAGCCUGGCUUUUGCAGACAUGCUGCUGGCAGUGCUGAACAUGCCUUUUGCUCUGAUAACAAUCAUUACCACUCAGUGGAUUUUUGGGGAUAUAUUCUGCAGAGUCUCUGCCAUGUUCUUCUGGCUUUUUGUCAUAGAGGGUGUAGCCAUUCUUCUUAUUAUUAGUAUUGACCGAUUUCUUAUCAUAGUUCAGAGGCAAGAUAAACUGAACCCUUACCGUGCAAAGAUUCUCAUUGUGAUUUCCUGGGCAGCAUCCUUUGUUGUUGCUUUUCCAUUAUCAGUAGGGAAUCCUAAUCUGCAGAUACCCUCGAGAGCACCUCAGUGUGUUUUUGGCUACUCUACAAGCCCAGGUUACCAAGCCUAUGUGAUAGUUAUCUUGCUAAUUUCUUUUUUUAUUCCAUUCCUGGUAAUGCUGUAUUCUUUCAUGGGCAUACUCAACACCGUCCGUCACAAUGCAGUUCGUAUCCAUAGCCACCCUGAUAGCAUAUGCCUCAGCCAGGCCAGCAAACUUGGUCUCAUGAGCUUACAGAGACCUUUUCAGAUGAAUAUUGAUAUGAGCUUUAAAACUCGUGCCUUCACAACCAUCUUGAUUUUGUUCCUUGUCUUCAUAGUCUGUUGGGCACCCUUCACCACUUACAGCCUUAUUGCCACAUUCAACAGCCACUUCUACUACAAGCACAACUUUUUUGAGAUAAGCACUUGGCUACUUUGGCUCUGCUACCUCAAGUCUGCACUGAACCCACUGAUUUACUACUGGAGGAUUAAGAAGUUUCAUGAUGCAUGCUUGGACUUGAUGCCCAAAUACUUCAAGUUUUUGCCACAGCUACCUGGCCAUACAAGGCGGCGCAUUCGACCCAGUGCCAUCUAUGUGUGUGGGGAGCAUCGGUCGGUAGUGUGA